GGCUUAUGAUACAAGGGUGUGUGCUUCGGCCCGGCCGGCUGGGUGAGUUUUGCUUAGUUCCGCCACACACCUGGGGUGAGGGCGGAGCUACGGCUCCCUCCGGUCGCCGUUCUCGCCCUCCCGCGAAGACAUGGUACCGCCCGGGACGCCCCCGCGUCGCGCCGCCCCCACCAAUGGGGCUGGCCCGGGCCGCGCCCGCACCCGAGCUGGCACCAGCAGCAGCAGCGGCACGGAGACGCGGCAAGAUGGCGAGCAGGGGUGAGCGAGUGGCGGGCUCGGGCCGCUACUUCCAGCGCGCGGGCGGCCUGCCCAUGGCCGUUGUCGCAGUCUCCUUCGGCUACUUAGCGUGUGCAGUCUUUUCACCUACAACAAUACCAUAUGAAAGCCUGGGACCAUUGGGCCAUCUUACUAAAUAUUUAGUUGACAAUCACCACAACUUGCUGCAUUAUGGGUUUUGGCUUGCCUGGGGAAUUCAUGGAGCAGAAGCCUUGUACAGUGUCAAGUUAUGCAAGACCAAAGGCAUCAUUCACGGCCCAACUCAGCUUCAGUGGUUCUUCCAAACUGUAGUUUUUGGGAUGGCUUCCCUCUACAAGCUGCUAGAAUAUAAGCCACCGUCUAAGAGACAGGAAUAACAGACUGGACAAGAAGAAUCUACGCUAACAUACUUCAUUCUCAUAUCUCAGAGAAUGGAUCCUCCUCUUAGCCAUUUGGGUUGUGGACUAUCAAAAUGCAUUCCCAGUGAGACUCAGUACUCUCUUACCAAGCAACUCCUUGCACAUCACUAAAUGCUAAGUCUCGGGUGAAGGGCUCCUUGUAUGGCCCAAGAAGUGAGUAAUUGAAAUGGAACCUCUUUUGUGUAACUGCACAACUCUUUCUGGGUGGAAGCACUGGAGACCAAAACUAGUUUUCCUCUAGUCUAUUUAGUACCAUAAGCUGUGUAAUAAUUAAAAAAGUACAAAAAAAGUUCAUGGUUGAUGUCCCUUCCUCUCCCACUAGGUGGUAGCAGGUACUAGCAGACCUUUCUACUUAUAAAAGCUUUCCUCCAAAUCGGAGCACUUAAUGCCAGGCAGCUUGUAGCACUUCAUUCUCUUUUCUUCAAUGUUGCACUCGUCUUUGGUUAGUGCUAUCCAUCAAUCUGCUCUGACUGGUUUCUUUUUCUUCUUCCAUCUUCCACAAAGGUUAGAGAUGACAAGGCUGCAGAAACACUAACAAGCGCCAAAAUUAUACCACAGGGUGAGGUGUGGCAAUGAGGCAGAGUACAUGACAAAACACUUCAGCAUACUCAAUUAAAAGGUGCUUAAGAAUUCUGUUAAAAGGCGCUUGCCUUAAACCUUGCACAGACAUUUGCAUUUUGUACUUGUUUAUUCAAGUUACUGAAUUCAGCAGCCAAGUAUAAUUUGAAGGGUGGGUACUACUUUUUCCUGACAAAGUUAAUUCACAUAUAUAAUAGUUUCAAAAAUAUACAUGAACGUUUUGUGUGUCCCUCUAAGUGCAGUCAUAACCUGAGUAAGUUUGUAUGCAUUAAACAUCUAGUUGGAAGCAACAGUGGAAGCUUUCCAGAGACCAUCUGAAGUUAGUGUUUUCAAGAGAGUUUCCUAGAUGCAUUUGAUAUAAUUCUGGUCUAUCUUUCUUGAACUAUCCCUGAGAAACAAGAAGCUUGUCUGUGUCUUAAGUAGCUGCAGACAGCUGUUACUACUGUAAACUAUUACAUCUUAGUACAAAUACUAAGAAGUGCACCAAAGCUAAUUGAAAAUGUAUUGUGUUUUCACAAUUCUCCAGGGUUAAGAUUAUACUGUUUAUAAAAUAGUACAUAUUAGUUGUCCACCUGUCAGCCAGUACAAAUUAUCAGAAUACAAUACCAGAUUAUUAAUUCAUGAUGCCUGUGUUGCUAGCUUUCUCCAUUCUCCUAAUAGACACUUGAAAAAGGGGUGGUCAUUCUCUAAAGAGAGAGUUGUUGCCAUCCUGACCAGAAUUGCAAUAGGGGGUAACCCUAUAUUCUGUAGACUGCAACUAUGGACCAAGACUUGUGGCUAUGUCAAUAGUAGCACUAUCUAUACAUUAUUAGAAAUGUGGAAGCCUCAUACAGGCACUGGGUACAACUCUAAUCUAACAAGAUAUCUGACUAUAUAGGUGUGAAGUGGCUGCAAGUUACAGUUUAUGAAAAUUGUGCAAGUCACUGGUUAUUGGCAAAUGGUGUUUGUAUUGUCCCCAGGGCUGGAUGGCAUGUGAGAGACAGCUGAUGAGGAGUCCCAGAAAAAAAAUCUAAUUGGUUAUGAGAGGAGCAUGGUUGUAGGAAGUGGCUGUUCUCUCACCUCCUACUUUUCAUAAGCAGCUUUUUGUGACCAGUGCAUGUGUGGCCAGGAUCCAACAUACUCUACUUCAUUUUACUUAAAAUCAUGUAGUCACACUUACCAGGUGUUGGGUUUGAGAUGAGCUCAUAUUUGACUAUAUCUGCUAGUAUACAGUAACCACUGAUCUUGGAUAUGAUCAACAUUUCUUGUUUUUCUCUUGUUACUCUGCUUAUAUUUUUGGUUUUUCUCUUUUACAAGCCUUUGGCAAAUAUUCACCCUUGUGAUAUGCAAGUUUUUUUCCAAUAUAUUUGUUCAUCUCCCAUUCAUAUACAGGGUUUUGAACUAUGUUUACAGUUUUAUCUCCACUAGUAGUACAUCACUGUUUCUGGAAGUUGAAAACAAAAAGGAAAGCAAAUAAUAUACAUGUAAUCUUACGUCUUAAAAUACUGAUACUAUUAUGAUGUUCUUGUGGGAAGAAAAAAAAUCCAUUAAAAUAUUUUGCAGAGAA